AUGUCGGCCCGAUUUGUUCGCCCUUCUUAUGAUGAUGAUACGGAUCCGAACCUGGCCUUGGAACAGAGAAGUGGAGGGAAUGAGACCACCGACUUCGUAUUCCAGAACCCCUCUUUGGCCAUGUCCAUCAGUUUGACAAGGAAAAAACUUCCCAUCACGAAAUACAAAACUCAGAUAUUGUAUUUAUGCGAGAGAUUCAGAACGGUGAUUAUUGUAGGGGAAACCGGAUCAGGGAAGAGCACACAGGUCCCUCAGGUAAGACUUCUAUACAUUGAUAUAAGUGUUUUAGUUCUUGGCCGAAAAUGGAUGGGCGCAGAACGGCCAACAGAUCGCGAUCACCCAACCGAGAAGAGUCGCGGCGGUUACGGUAGGUUCUAUAAUUCAUAAUUAUUUUAUAAAACUUUAGCUGGCUACUCGGGUUGCGGCUGAAAUGCAUUGUUCAAUUGGAGAUAAAGUGGGAUAUGUCCUCAGAUUUAAUGAAGUUAUGUCCGAGAAUACCCAAGUCAAAUUUAUGACGGACGGCAUCCUCCUCCGAGAGUUCCAAACCGACCCUUUGCUAACCAAGUACAGUAUCGUGAUUGUGGACGAGAGUCAUGAAAGAACCAUCACCACAGAUCUUCUCCUCGGCCUCUUGAAGAGAGUAUUGAGUGUAAGAUUGGACUUGAAAUUGGUGGUGAUGUCGGCAACAAUGGAUGCGGAGGUAAGUUUUGCUAUGUUAGAUCCAUCUUGUUUAGGUGUUUAAAGACUUUUUUGAGACCAACGAUAGCGAGGACAGAUCUCUGGACACGGCGCAAAUAGUCUCGGUGGAAGGAAGAAUGUAUCCAGUUAGUGUUCUCUACUCUAAAGUGUAAGUAUCACAUCUUUAUGAUGUUAUAUUCCUUUAGACCAUGUCCUGAUUACAUUAAAGCAGCAGUUGACGCAGCCAUCUUUAUCCACAAGACUGAGAAAUAUGGAGAUAUUUUGGUUUUCUUGACUGGACAAGACGAAGUGGAAAGAGCGGUUUCAAUGCUGAUUGAUGCAAGCAAAAAUCUAAAGCAAUAUGGUCAACUGAGAGUCAUGCCAUUGUAUUCCGGACUAACACAACGACAACAGGUUAGUUUAUAAAUGCUCUUGUCGUUAUAUUGUUGUUUCAUAAACAUAUAUUUUUUUUCAGGUCGCGGUAUUCGACUCAGCUGCCUAUGGCACAAGAAAAGUUAUUGUGUCCACCAAUGUUGCCGAGACCUCGGUCACGAUCCCCGGAGUUUGUUACGGUAAGACGACUGCAUUUUAUGCAUUGAUUUGUGGAUGAGUCAAAAUUCCAUUUACAGUAAUUGAUUGUGGCCUUGUGAAACUACGAGUAUAUAAUCCGGACAAUGGAGUAGAGACCUUACAAACUGUGAAGAUAUCAAAGUCAUCUGCGAAACAAAGGGCGGGUCGUGCUGGACGAAUUCAUGCUGGGAAAUGCUAUCGGUUAUAUCCAGAGGAGGAAUAUCAGAAGAUGUUACCAUCACAAGUCCCGGAAAUGCAGAGGACUGAUCUCAGUCAAGUUAUAUUGACGCUUAAAUCACUUGGCAUCAACAACUUAUUGAAAUUCGAACUUCCUUCGGUAGGCCUGCCUGUCUGGUGUAAUAUAAAUUUUGAUGAAUUUUAAAUGAUGUUAUAACAUUUCAGCGCCCUCCAUCCCAACUUGUAAUCCAAGCUCUCCACUCACUGUUCGCCUUAGGCGCUAUCGAUGAAGAGGGGAUGUUGGUUAACCCAUUAGGGCAUACAAUGUCCUCCUUUCCUCUUCCUCCAAUGCAUGUCAAAGUCUUAAUGUCAUCGGCAACCUACGAAUGCAGUCAAGAAAUGGCCGCGAUCUUGGCUAUGAUGCAGAUUCAGAAUGUUUUCAUUCCCGGUGAUAAUCGACAUAUGGCUGAGGUGACCAAACGGAAAUUUGCUGUGGAGGAGGGAGAUCAUUUGACCAUGCUGAAUGUUUACACUUGUUUUAUUGAGGUAGAAGUUUCAUUCGGGUAUCCGAUUAAUAAUUUAUUUUCAGAACGGAAAGUCUUCAAAAUGGUGCCGAGAUCACUAUGUGAAUUACAAAGGUCUCUGCUCUGCUCAUAACAUCUGCGAACAACUCAAAAGAUACAUGAAGAAGUUCGAGAUACCCCUCAAGACAUGUAAAGGACUGAUCGGAGAGACGGCUAGGAUCCGAAGAUGUCUUCUCACUGGGUUCUUCUCUCAAUGUGCCAGGUACGAUCAUACUGGGCACUAUGUAACAUUACGGGAUUCCAUUCCAUUCAAAGUUUACAAAGGAUCUACUGUAAUGUAUCGAAAAGAUUAUCCCAAAUAUGUGGUAUUUACUGAUAUUCUACAGAAUUCGAUCAGAGAUUUGAGUGUUAUUGAUUUGGAUUGGCUCAGGGAGAUUGCCGGACAUUACUAUGACUUCGGAAAUGUAAGUAAUCUGAUCUAAAGUGCAUCAUCUAUAUGUUGUAAUUACUGAAUCCUGUUUUCAGGAUCCUAAGAACAAUAUGCAGGAUGAAUACGAAGCCGAUCAAUUGGGGAAUUUCAAUUAA